CGAGUACUUCCUGGGUCAGAGCCGGUAAGAUGGCGGCGGACACGCAGGUGCAGGACACUUUGAAGAAAUUUGCUUUAAAGGUGACAACAGCAAGUGUGAAAGAACGCAAACAAAUCUUGAAUGAGCUGAAGGAUUGUAUUUUGACAAAAGAGCUGCCUGAGGCUGCAGUUAAAGGACUCUGCAAGCUGUUCUGUUUGACACUGCAUCGUUACCGAGAUGCAGCAUCCCGUAGAGCUUUGCAGUCUGUUAUCCAACAAUUGGUGGAAUCACAACCGGAAUUAACUUCCAAAAGUUUACUACAGUCUCUACAGUCAUCUGGUGUGGGAACCAAGAUUGUAGAUCCAAGUAAGAGUAGUGGCUCAGCAGCAGCAUUAGCCUUAUCCUGGACGUGUGUUGUCGUCAGAGUUGUAUUUCCUACGCCUGAGAAGCAACAAGGAGAAACAUGGAAAAAAUUGGUGGAAAUUCAGGCAUUUCUAGUGAUGGAAGUCUUGGGGGGCUCACACCGACAUGCUGUGUUGGGGUCUGUAAAGAAGAUGAGCAGAGUGUGGAAAGAGCAUGCAGGCCUUGUGGGCAGAUAUCUGGACAUCAUUUUCAGCCUGGAGCUCAAUCCAAACUUUGCAGGGAUACUUGGACUUGCAGCACAGUUCUGCAUGAAAAACAAAGAGAUGGAAAUCCUUAAUAAAUACAGGAAUAACAUUCUCGACUUCUAUGUUAAAACUGUUCUUAUGAGUAAAGGGAAACCUCAGAAAUAUGUGCUAGAUAGUUGUGCCCCACUGCUUCAACAUCUCUCUCAUUCAGAAUUUAAAGAUCAAGUGUUGCCAAUGUUACAGAAAUCUCUUCUACGUAGUCCUGAAAAUGUGAUUGAAACAAUCGGAGGUCUGUUUGCUUCUGUUACUAUUGAUCUAAGUCAGUAUGCUCUCGAUAUUGGAAAAGGUCUUGCAGGCCAGUUAAAAUCCAACAACACCAGUCUAAUGGAUGGAGCAGUGGUUGCCCUGCAAAACCUGUCUCAUCAGUGUAGUGAAUCCGGUGCAGUUGAGGCACUUGGACAACACUUGUUUGCCAUCUUAGGAGGCUCAGAAGGAAAACUCUCGGCUGUGGCCCAGAAAAUGAGUGUUCUCUCAGGCAUUGGCAGCCUUAGUCAUCAUGCUGUUUCUGGUACCUCCAGCCAGCAGCUGAGCAGGACCGUGUCAGAGCUGUUUAUCCCUUUUCUUCAACAGGAAGUUCAUGAAGGAACACUGAUACAUGCUGUCUCAGUGUUGACUCUGUGGUGUAAGAAGUUUACUACUGAAGUUCCUAAGAAGCUUAUUGAAUGGUUUCAGAAAUCCUUUUCUCUUAAAACCAGCACAUCAGGAGUGAGACACGCAUAUUUGCAAUGCAUGUUGGUGUCAUUUAGAGGUGACACAUUGCUUCAGGCCAUGGCACUGCUGCCAGUAUUGAUUCAGACAGUUGAGAAGGCUGCCUCACAGACCACCCAGAUAUUGCUCUUGGCAGAAGCUCUGGUAGCUGCUGUGCUGAUAUGUAGAAUCUCUGUAGCUGAAACCCAAGCAGAGGCGAAGCUUAGCACUUUCUGGCAGCUGCUAGCUGACGAAAAGAAGCAGAUUUUCACCUCUGAAAAAUUUCUUUCUUCAGCAUCUGAAGAUUCCUUAUGCACAUUGUUACAGCUGAUUGAGAGACUACUUCUUGAUCACAUCCAUCGGCUUCCUGACAAUAAAACUCAGCCAUACUACUGUGCUCUGGUCACUAUCCUCUUGUCACGCUCCUGGAAAGUGCGAAGACAAUCUCAACAGACUGUCAAAAAAUUGCUGUCAUCUCUUGGCGGAGCUAAGCUUGUUCAUGGUCUUCUUACAGAACUAAAAGCCGUGCUCAGUUCUAACAAGGUCUUGCCACAGUUGAUGUCACCUGAUACUCCACUGACUGAGGCUGAAGAAGUGACAGAACCAGGGAAAUCCCACAUACCUCCCAGAGUCCUUCGAGAGGCGCUUAAUGUGUUAAUAUGUGUGCCAGGACUAGAAGCUGACCAUGCAGAGGCUGAAAAGCUGGCACAGAAGCUGCUUGUUCUAGCAAAUCAUCCAACUGUGGUAUCUGCACAUUCUGAUCUUUGGAUAAGUCUACUUUACAAGAUGAAGAUUCAACCCACUGAGUUUGUUAACAGGUGGCUUAAUGAUCUGCUCCCACCAAUCACUCUUCAAGCGGCUUCAGAUGAGGCUGCACUGAAUGCUGCAGGUUUCCUGGCACUUCUAUCUCCUGCUAAAGUUCUGCCAGAGCUGAUUGGGCAAAUCACCACAUCCCUUCAAAACCCUGCUCUUUGUCAUGUGACUCGUGAGGAAUAUGCCAUUAUGCAGACACCAGAAGGAGAGCUGCACGACAAGUCAAUUUUACAAAGUGCCCAGCAGGAUAACCUAAAGAAAGGAAACAUGAAGAGGGAAAAUAAGGCAUAUUCAUUCAAGGAGCAGAUCAUUGAAUUAGAACUAAAAGAGGAGAUAAAGAAAAAGAAAGGCAUAAAGGAAGAACUGCAACUAACAAGCAAGCAGAAGGAGAUGUUGCAGGUGCAAAUGGAGAAAGAGAGCCAGAUCCGGAAAAGACUAUUAGAGUUGGAUGCAGACUUGGAAAACACUCUUAGACUCCUGGAUUGUGUCCUAAAGCAGAAUCCUUACAGCUUGUCUCAACAUGUUCCAGCUCUGACUAGAUGCAUUCUGCCAUUGUUAAAAUCUCCUUUAGCUGCCCCUCGAGUCCAUUCCCGCUUUGUUGCUCUUGCAAACUGUGUCAUGCCAGGACAUUUGAAAUCUUUUGGAAUCUUGGUUACCCACAUAACACUACGUCUUUUGAAGCCAGAAUGCAACCUAGAUGCUGCUUGGUGUCAAGAGGAGCUCCCAGUUGCCGUUAGAAGAGCUGUACAUCUCUUGCAUUCCUACACAGUCCCCAAACGUAAGAAUGACCCAGGGACAUCUCCCUUGUCGGCUCCAGCAUUUUCUUUUACCUUUCCACUAUUGAAGAUGGUUCUAAUGGAGACAGCCAAUGACAGUGAGGAGAAUGAGGAGCUUCUGGUGCAGACAUUGCAGAUUCUUACUGAACACUCACAGUUGAGAUCCUCCCCAAGUCAGAUUAACGUUGUGGAUGAGAAUGGUCCAGAGUUGCUGCCUCGCAAAGAUAUGCUCCUCUUGCUUACCAGAGUAAUAGGGACAUCUUCACCAAGAUUACAAGUCCUGGCUUCCAAUACUCUGACUACACUAUGCACAAGCAGCGGAGGAGGAGAAGGCUGUACUUAUGCAGAACAAGAAGAGAUUGAUGUGUUACUCCAAGCUCUGCAAUCAUCUUGCUUAAUUGUGAGAGAUGCUUCUUUAAGGGGAUUGAUUGAACUUCAGAUGGUGAUCCCAACCCCAGACAGUGAUGAGGUGAAUGGGUUGAAUGUUUUACACAGACUCUGGGUGAUGAAGUUUGAUGUUGAGGAUGAGAUCAGAACACAGGCCGAAAGGUUUUGGGAAGCUAUGGGCCUUGAACUACAGCCAGAUUUGUGCUCUCUACUAAUUAAUGAUGUAAUUUAUCAUGAAGAAGCUGUGAGACAGGCAGGAGCAGAAGCAUUAUCGCACGCAGUGGCAGAAUACUGUGAUCAGGCCACUCCUGUUAUGAACAAACUGAUUGAGCUCUAUCAUGAGAAGCUUUAUAGGCCACCACCAGUUUUAGAUGCUUUGGGUAGGGUAAUUUCGGAGUCUCCCCCUGAUCAGUUUGAAGCAAGGUGUGGUAUAGCACUCGCUUUAAAUAAGCUUGCUCAGUAUUUAGACAGUUCACAAGUCAAGACACUUUUCCUGUUCUUUGUUCCUGAUGCUCUAAAUGAUCGUAACCCUGAUGUCAGAAAAUGUAUGUUAGAUGCAGCUUUGUCUGCACUUAAUACUCAUGGAAAGGAUAGUGUUAAUUCACUUUUACCAGUGUUUGAAGAAUUCCUGAAGGAUGCUCCAAAUGAUGCUAGUUAUGAUGCUGUGAGACAAAGUGUUGUUAUUCUUAUGGGCUCACUGGCUAAGCACUUGGAUAAGGAUGACCCUAAAGUCAAACCAAUAGUUGCCAAGCUCAUAGCAGCUCUCUCCACUCCAUCACAGCAGGUCCAAGAAUCUGUAGCAAGCUGCCUGCCUCCUCUUGUGCCAGCUAUUAAAGCUGAUGCUGGCGGAAUGAUUCAGAAACUAAUGGCCCUCCUUCUGGAAUCUGAUAAGUAUGCAGAACGUAAAGGGGCUGCUUAUGGACUAGCAGGACUUGUGAAGGGGUUAGGUAUACUCUCCUUGAAGCAACAGGAAAUGAUGACCACUCUAACGGAAGCCAUCCAAGACAAAAAGAAUUUCCGACGCAGAGAGGGAGCACUAUUUGCAUUUGAGAUGCUAUCUACUAUGCUUGGGAAACUGUUUGAACCAUAUGUUGUUCAUGUGCUGCCUCACCUGCUGUUGUGCUUUGGAGAUGGGAACCAGUAUGUGCGAGAGGCGGCAGAUGAAUGUGCCAAGGCAGUCAUGAGUAAUUUAAGUGCCCACGGUGUAAAGCUUGUUUUGCCUUCAUUACUUGUAGCUCUUGAGGAGGAAUCGUGGCGAACCAAAGCAGGGUCUGUGGAAUUAUUGGGAGCUAUGGCCUACUGUGCUCCUAAACAGUUGUCCUCUUGUCUUCCAAAUAUUGUGCCCAAGCUCACUGAGGUCUUGACGGACUCUCAUGUCAAAGUCCAGAAAGCUGGACAGCAAGCUCUGAGGCAGAUUGGCUCAGUAAUUCGUAACCCGGAGAUCUUGGCCAUUUCUCCUAUAUUGCUGGAUGCACUGACUGAUCCUUCAAGAAAGACUCAUAAGUGCCUUCAAACCCUGCUGGAGACUAAGUUUGUUCAUUUUAUUGAUGCUCCAUCUCUUGCCUUAAUCAUGCCCAUUGUUCAGAGGGCUUUCCAGGACAGGUCUACAGAUACCAGAAAAAUGUCAGCGCAGAUUAUUGGAAACAUGUAUUCACUCACAGAUCAGAAGGAUCUGGCUCCUUAUCUGCCAAGUGUCACCCCUGGUCUUAAAUCAUCUUUAUUAGAUCCAGUUCCUGAAGUACGUACAGUUUCAGCUAAAGCCCUCGGGGCCAUGGUGAAGGGUAUGGGCGAGACUUGCUUCCAGGACUUGCUACCAUGGCUAAUGGAAACUUUAGCAUCUGAGCAGAGUUCUGUGGAUCGUUCUGGAGCUGCUCAAGGUCUAUCGGAGGUCAUGGCUGGACUAGGCGUAGAGAAGCUGGAGAAACUCAUGCCAGAGAUAGUCUCUACAGCAAGUAAAGUGGAUAUAGCACCACAUGUCCGAGAUGGUUACAUCAUGAUGUUUAUUUAUCUUCCAAUCACCUUUGGUGACAAGUUUACACCUUACGUUGGGCCCAUUAUUCCUUGCAUUCUAAAGGCUUUAGCAGAUGAAAAUGAGUUUGUUCGGGACACUGCUCUUCGUGCUGGACAAAGAAUAAUCAUGAUGUAUGCAGAGACCGCCAUUGCACUUCUGCUGCCACAGCUGGAGCAGGGUCUAUUUGAUGACCUCUGGAGAAUAAGGUUUAGUUCUGUCCAACUUCUUGGGGAUCUUUUAUUCCACAUUUCAGGAGUGACAGGAAAAAUGACUACUGAAACUGCUUCAGAAGAUGACAACUUUGGGACUGCACAGUCUACUAAAGCAAUCGUUUCUGCAUUGGGAGCAGAGAGAAGAAACCGUGUUCUUGCUGGUUUGUACAUGGGCCGUUCAGAUACUCAGCUUGUUGUGCGUCAAGCUUCUUUGCAUGUCUGGAAAAUUGUGGUCUCAAAUACCCCUCGCACAUUGCGAGAAAUUUUGCCAACUCUCUUUACACUCCUCCUUGGAUUUCUUGCCAGCACCUGCUCGGAUAAGAGAACGAUUGCAGCUAGAACACUUGGUGACCUUGUUCGAAAACUUGGGGAGAAAAUUCUUCCAGAGAUUAUUCCAAUUUUGGAAGAAGGGCUGCGAUCUGAAAAGAGUGAUGAAAGACAGGGUGUCUGCAUUGGAUUAAGUGAAAUAAUGAAAUCAACAAGCAGAGAUGCGGUACUGUUUUUCGCUGAGUCUCUUGUGCCAACAGUAAGGAAAGCUUUGUGUGAUCCCCUAGAGGAAGUACGAGAAGCUGCAGCCAAAACCUUUGAACAGUUGCACUCUACCAUUGGCUAUCAAGCACUGGAAGAUAUUCUGCCAUUUUUGCUUGCACAGCUGGAGGAUGAAGAAAUGUCAGAAUUUGCUCUUGAUGGAUUAAAACAGGUUAUGGCAGUGAAAAGCCGCGUUGCGUUGCCUUAUCUGGUACCCAAGCUCAUUUGUCCUCCUGUGAACACUCGUGUCCUGGCGUUCCUUUCAUCGGUCGCAGGGGAUGCCUUAACCAGACACCUGAAUGUCAUUCUUCCUGCUGUGAUGUCUGCUUUGAAAGUACACCUGGGAACAGAUGAUGAGCAGGCUGAGUUGGCAAACUGUCAGGCUGUCAUUCUGUCAGUGGAGGAUGAUGUUGGGCAGAGGAUUGUUAUUGAUGACUUGCUGGAAGCAACUCGAAGCUCUGAUGUUGGAAUGCGACAGGCAGCUGCAAUAAUACUGAACAUGUACUGUGCAAAGACAAAGGGAGAUUACUCUGCACACCUUAAGAGCUUGGUGUCUGGACUUCUUCGUCUUUUCAAUGAUAACCAUAGUGUGGUUUUGAAUGAAAGCUGGGAUGCUCUUAAUUCUAUUACUAAAAAAUUAGACGCAGGCAGCCAGUUGAUGCUGAUUGAUGACCUCUACAGGGAUAUCCGCAUGGUGGGCAAUGAAGCCAAAGGAGAACAUGUGCCAGGGUUUUGUAUUCCAAAGAAGGGGGUUACCUCAAUUCUCCCUGUGCUAAGGGAGGGAAUUCUUACUGGGAGUCCAGAACAGAAAGAAGAGGCAGCCAAGGCCUUGGGUCUAGUUAUUAAGUUGACUUCUGCUGAAGCUUUGAAGCCGUCUGUGGUUAAUAUAACUGGACCUCUAAUCCGCAUACUGGGAGACCGUUUCAGCUGGAGUGUGAAGGUUGCUCUGCUGGAGACACUGAGUCUUCUUCUCCACAAGGUGGGCAUUGCUUUAAAACCCUUCCUUCCACAACUGCAAACGACCUUUACCAAAGCUCUACAGGAUUCAAAUCGUGCUGUACGUCUUAAGGCAGCUGAUGCAUUGGGAAAACUUAUUGUGAUUCAUACAAAAGUUGACCCUCUCUUUACAGAACUACUAAACACUAUUCGUUCAUGUGAAGACUCAGGAAUCAGAGAGACCAUGCUUCAGGCUGUAAGAUUCCUUAUUCAAGGAGGUGGUGGUAAGAUGGAUGGAACCAUAAGGAAGAACUAUAUUACCUUGCUUAUUGGGAUGCUGGGACAUGAUGAGGAUGCUACACGUAUGGCUUCUGCUGGUUGUCUUGGGGAACUAUGUGCAUAUCUUCCUGAAGAAGAACUUUCUGCACUACUUCAACAACACCUCUUGGCUGACUACACUGGAAUUGACUGGAUGGUUAGACAUGGCCACAGCCUGACACUUUCUGUUGCUAUAAAUGUGGCCGCAGGCAAAAUAUGUACUUCAAAGUUCAGCGGAAACAUUGAGGCUAUGACCUACAGCAAUGCAACAGCAGACAGGAUUCCUAUAGCAGUAAGUGGAAUAAGAGGAAUGGGAUUCCUAAUGAAACAUUACAUUGAAUCAGAAGGUGGGAACUUACCUCCAAAACUGGUACCCCUUUUUCUAAAGUGUCUCCAAAACCCUUCCAGUGACAUCAAGCUGGUAGCAGAGAAGAUGAUUUGGUGGGCAAAUAAAGACCACCUGCCUCCUUUGGACCCACAAACUAUUAAGCCAAUCCUCAAAGUGCUUUUAGAUAAUACAAAAGACAAAAAUACAAGUGUACGUGCACACAGUGAACAGGCCAUUGUCAACCUCCUAAAAAUGAGGGCAAGCAAUGAUCUAUUUCAGGAUGUUAUAAAGAUAUUGGAUACAGCUAGUAUAGAGAUGCUCAAUGAAACCAAUCGCAGGUCGCUCAAGAAGCUUGCAACACAGCCUGACUCCAGUGAACAGAUUGAUGAAACUAUCUUGACGUGAUGAAGACUUUUGCUGCACUCAUGUUUCUUCUGUGAACAGCUAUUAAAUGUUCAUUUCUGAAAAUGCACUCAUGGUUGUAGUGCAUGAAUAUCAAGAAAAAGGUUUUGUUCCCAAUGCAAAUUUUUAUUUAAGAAAAUUAAUUAAAAUGACCUUCCAGUAUACUGUACUGUAUAGCAAAAUCCAACUCCGUGAUAAGAUUUUUUUUGGUUUAAAAAAAAAAUUGUAAGAUGUAAUAUACUGGAAAAAAACUGCUGAACAUAACUCUUCAAGAGACUAAACUAGAACAGGUUAAUAAAUUACAAGUUGCACAAAUCAUUCUAAUAAAAAACAGACCUUCCAAA